AAAUAGACCUAAUGGUCGGUAGGUAACCCUAACCUACACGUAUCAUGUUUAACCUCGUAAGACUAAUCGAACAAAUAAGAUCCUAUUAUAUAUUGUAGAAAUUUGUGCAAACAAUAAGAUAUAGUAUAAUUAAUCAUAAUGCCUAAGAUAUUAAUUUUUACGUUAUUUUUUAUAAACUUUUACGUCGCAUUUUGCCAAGAUAUUGAUAUUGAUAGCAACGGAUAUAUUGUUUACUGCCCUUGCAUGGGACGUUUCGGCAAUCAAGCGGAUCACUUUUUAGGAGCUUUAGGGUUUGCCAAGUCUUUAAAUCGCACCUUAGUGUUACCACCAUGGGUAGAGUAUCGUACAGGAGAAACGAGAUCCAUACAAGUACCUUUUGAUACUUAUUUUAAUGUUUCACAAGUACAAAGUUGUCAUAAGACACUACUAAUGGAAGACUUUAUGAAGGAUGUUGCACCAAGGAUAUGGCCUCCUGAGGAAAGAGUAUCUUUCUGUUAUUCUCCUCGUGGCAAAGAAGGAGGUUCCUGCAAGGCAAAAGAUGGAAAUCCGUUUGGACCUUUUUGGGACACAUAUAACAUAGACUUCGUCAAAUCAGAAUUUUAUGGUCCACUCCAUUAUGAAAUGUAUCAUACUGACAUGAAGAUGCAGUGGCGCAAACAAUAUCCAGCUGCAACUUGGCCAGUAAUGGCAUUUACAGGUGCUCCUGCUAGUUUCCCAGUACAAUUUGAAAACAAGAAACUCCAUGCAUGCCUCAAUUGGAACAAUGAUAUGCUGAAUAAAGCAAAAAUCUUUAUAAAGAAAACAUUACCAAAAGGAGCAUUUGUGGGUAUACAUCUACGGAAUGGAUUUGAUUGGGUGCGUGCCUGCGAAUUUAUUUCGACCACACCUAAUCUCUUUGCCGCUCCUCAGUGUCUUGGAUAUCGUAACGAACGUGGCAAAGCAACCUCGUCUAUGUGUUUACCGUCGUUUGAGUUAAUAGUACGUCAUUUGAAACGUGUCAUUCGCAAUGGUAACGACGUGAAAUCGGUGUUCGUGGCAUCUGACGGGAACCACACGCUGGAUGAACUCGGGAAAGCUCUGGCACGUAUGAAGAUACCAGUAUUUCGACAAGAACCGCCGGCGUCGCCUCACUUGGACCUAGCGAUUCUCGGACGAGCGAACUACUUUAUAGGAAAUUGCAUUUCCUCCUUCUCCGCUUUUGUAGCUAGAGAAAGAGAAGUCAAGGGAUUCCCGACUUUCUUUUGGGGUUUCCCCAAUGAGAGGUCUUCCAUAUCCCAUGAAGAAUUAUAAUGUGACACAGGAUUGCGAGUAAUUAUUUUCUCAAUUAAUUAUCAUGCUUCAUUGAUAAUUGAUAUUUUUACAAUUCUGAUACGGCAUUUCGUUACAUUCGUGUUGAGCACGAGUGACUGAGAAUAUUUAAAAUACAAACAUGGUGUGAUGAUUUUUUUACAUGUAUAUUCAACUAAGUUAGUAAUUUAACAUAUAUCUAUAAUGCAUAUACAAUAAUUAUUUAAAAAUGUAUUCCCCAUACAAAAUAAGCUGAGUAGUUCAUCAGAGCGGUAUUUCGCUAAUUACUUUUAAUGUCUAAUACGUAAUCUUCGUUUUAUAAUAAAAAAUGUAUAAAACCA